AACACAACUUGCCCAAAUUGGCUGGCAGCAGAGGCUGCCCUGGAAAAGUACUACCUUUCCAUUUUCUAUGGGAUCGAGUUUGUUGUGGGAGUCCUUGGCAGUAGCGCUGUUGUUUUUGGCUACCUCUUCUGUCUGAAGAACUGGAAUAGCAGUAACGUUUAUCUCUUUAACCUCUCUAUCUCAGACUUGGCUUUUUUGUGCACACUUCCCAUACUGAUUAGAAGUUAUUCUCAUGGAAAGUGGAUAUAUGGGGACAUGCUCUGUAUAAGCAACCGAUAUGUGCUUCAUGCCAAUCUCUACACCAGCAUUCUUUUUCUCACUUUUAUCAGCAUUGAUCGAUACCUGCUCAUGAAGUAUCCUUUCCGGGAACACUUUCUGCAAAAGAAGGAGUUCGCUGUUUUAAUCUCUUUGGCUAUUUGGGUUUUAGUAACCUUAGAGCUACUACCCAUGCUUCCUCUUAUAAAUCCUAAUUUAGCUGCCAAUGGCACCAACUGCAUUGAUUAUGCAAGUUCUGGGGACCCCCAAAAGAGCCUCAUUUAUAGCAUAUGCCUAACCUUCUUGGGAUUCCUCAUUCCCCUUUUGGUGAUGUGCUUCUUUUAUUUCAAGAUUGCUCUUUUACUAAAGCAGAGGAACAGGCAGCUUGCUACUGCUUUGCCCCUUGAAAAGCCUCUCACCUUAGUUAUCAUGGCCGUUGUGAUCUUCUCCGUGCUUUUUACUCCCUACCACAUCAUGCGGAAUGUGAGGAUCGCUUCACGCCUGGAGAAGUGGAAGGAAUACCAAUGCACUCAGGCUGCCAUCAACUCCUUCUACAUUUUGACGCGGCCUUUGGCCUUUCUGAACAGUACCAUCAACCCUGUCUUCUAUUUCCUUUUGGGAGAUCACUUCAGGGAGAUGUUGAUGAGUAAACUGAGGCACCAAUUCAAAUCCUUUACAUCCAUUAGAAGAUGAGGUCCUGGACUGAUGUUUCCAUGCAGGGAAAAGUGA